AUGAUGAACGUCUUCUGUUUGCUCCUUAUUAUCGGGCUGGCCUUUCUGCAAGGAGCGCUGUCAGAACCAGAAUGGAACGAUGUCGAUGGGAUCGACCGGAUUAGCGCCGCGAGGCGCCUCCAAUGGCCCGACGACUGCAACCCCUCCUAUUGCACCGAUUUUGAAAUGGACGAGACGCUCCAGGAAGCCGCUCUGCUCACGUAUAAUGCGAGACGAGCUAUCGACGUUAUCCUCGGCACUAAAACGGACAAAGUAGUCGCCAAAAACUCGAGGAACGAGCGAUUCCUACAAGCAGCAAAAGCACUAUUUCAUAUUGAUUAUGGGGAUGCGCCGGACAAUCCGAAGAUGUGGGCUGUUGCCCAGGACAAGCGCUUUAUUCUGUUCUAUGUGAAAGAAUUCUUUGACCGGGUCUACCAGUUCCUGAAGCAGGGGGGUGUUUAUAAGCCUAAGAUGCUCUGCGGUGACGAGGACAUCAAAUUCGUGACUAAGAUGAAGGAAAUUGGAGGAAGGCCUCCUGAUGAACCAAUUUGGAAGGCAAAGAAUGAAGAUAAGAAAACCACUCCGGGGUGGUAUAUCUCCAACUUUUACUCCCCAAAGGAUAAAGAGGGCAACCGCAUCGAAGAUAGAGUGGUCCGUAUUCACACCGACAGGCCUAUCUGCAGACGCCGCCCUAGUAGUGAUGGAAUGGUCGUUGAAGGCCAGACUUUUCGCGACGUCCGAGUGAUCGUCCUCUGUAAUCAUAUCUUUGGCUAUAAGGAGCUUGAAAAAUUGAUAAGGGACCAAAAGAGACUUGCAGUGGGCACGUCUCUAGACACCCAGGACACACGGGGGGCAGUAUGGCUCCAUGAAUAUUUGCAUUAUAUUUCUCCUGAAAUGACGGAUCAGGAAAUCGACGUUGGGACAGGCAAGCAGAGAGCGUAUGAUGUAGACCUCUGCAUGGCCUUGGCCCGCAAGAGUGCGUCAGCAAAAGAAGCCAGAGAUAAUCCCGAAAAUUACGUCAAGUUAGCGACAGCCGUCAGUCUAAGGAGGGUAAAAUGGUUUCCUAGUGGGAAGAAGGCGAAUUAA